GAAGGAGCGAGCGAAUUUACUCUUUCAACUUUCAAUGACUACAACAGUGAAGAAAAGCGGCAUUUCCAGUCUCGGAGCAAUGGCGAAAAAGCGACGUUUGGAAACGACGAUCUUCAUGCUCCUCUUAGCUCUCUUAGCUUUCGGAUCUUUCGCACCUGCCUUUGCUCCUCUUCCUUCUUUCUCUUCUUCUCAUUCCGACCUCUCAACACUUAACUCUGUGGGAAAUGAGAGAAAAUUUGAGAUUGCGGAUGACAUGUUCUGGAAAGAUGGAAAGCCUUUUCAGAUUAUAGGCGGCGACGUCCAUUAUUUUCGGGUUCUUCCAGAGUAUUGGGAAGAUAGACUGCUGAGAGCAAAGGCAUUGGGCUUGAAUACCAUUCAAACAUAUGUCCCAUGGAAUUUGCAUGAACCAAGAGAAGGCCAACUGGUUUUUGAAGGAAUAGCAGAUAUUUUUUCUUUUCUUAAUCUUUGUCAGAAAUUGGAUCUCCUGGUGAUGCUUCGAGUUGGGCCUUAUAUUUGUGCAGAGUGGGAUUUUGGGGGUUUCCCUGCUUGGUUACUUGCCAUUGAACCUGCUGUAAGACUUAGAUCGUCAGAUCCUGCUUUCAUUGACUUGGUAUGUAUUCCAAUUGUUCUAGUUACUUAUGGUUUUCUUUGUGGUCAUAAAUGCUGCACAAGACCUAGAACAUCCCACAUCCACAAGUCAGUUGCUGACCAGAUUAAGCUUACAUAGGAGUUCACAAUCUUU